CAAACAAACAAACGAAAUCCAAAAAAUCAAUAAACGAACGUGUUUUCCUUAGACUUCCAGAAUCUCUGCUUCUCCGCGGAUGUCGUCAAGUUCGUCUGAUGUUUUGACCUUAAAAGAUAGGCUGAUUGGGUGAAGAUGUUGUUCCAGAAUAUCGAAAUUUCACACUGAAGAAGCAUUAGUGAAAACCCAUCAAAAUGCUUGGCAGGAAACAAUCCUUACGAGGGGAACUUCUUCCUUAUGAAGUAGCCCAAGAAGAGACCAACAAUGAAUCAGUUGGAGUGGAUUGGAUGAAUAAGCUAUGGAUGAAACGUCUCUUGCGGAUGAGCGCCUUGCUCUGUCUGUGUUCCGUUUCCUUAAACACACCCAAGACCUUCGAGCUGUAUCCUUUCUUACGGCCCAUCACAUUUGCAUGUGAUUUGGUCACCGGGCUCCUUUUUACUGCUGAAAUGGUGGUAAAGAUAAACACGCGUACCUUGCUAAAGGGAGAGGAUUCUUAUCUCAGAGACCGAUGGUGUUUAUUUGACACCAGUAUGCUGUUCUUCCUGUGGAUAUCCGUUAUUCUUCAAGCACUAGAGCUCUCGGCUCUAGUUUCAUCUGCUUAUUCUUACCUAUCCAUUCUCCGAUCUCCUCGACCUUUGAUCAUGAUCCGUUUCAUUCGCGUUUUCCUCAAGUUUUCCAUGCCCAAAUCGCGAAUCAAUCAAAUUUUCAAGCGUUCCGGUCAACAGAUCUAUAACGUCACGCUGUUCUUCCUUUUCUUCAUGUCGUUGUACGGUUUGCUGGGCGUUCAGUUUUUUGGAGAACUGCGCAAUCACUGUAUACUCAACGAUACUGAUUUCGAACACAUCACUGUCAACAGCCUCACAAUACCAGACACCUACUGCUCUAUGGAUUCUUCGUCAGGUUACCAAUGCCCCGAAGGAACUGUCUGUAUUAAAUUGAAGGAUUCACGCUAUAAAUUAGGAUUUAAUGGCUUCGAUGAAAUCGCGACCAGCAUUUUCACCGUGUAUCAAGCUUUUUCUCAGGAAGGUUGGGUCUUCAUUAUGUAUCGUGCAGUGGAUACUUUACCGGCCUGGCGAGCUUUCAUGUACUUUACUACCAUGAUUUUCUUCCUGAGCUGGCUCGUCAAAAACGUUUUCAUCGCCGUCAUCACGGAGACGUUCAACGAGAUUCGAGUGCAGUUCCAGCAGAUGUGGGGCCAACGAGGCUCUCAAUUGGCCGAUAUUGUUGAUGCCCGUGCUCCUAUUAUUAGCGGAGAUGAUCGUGGCUGGAAACUAGUACCGACUGACGCAACACGUCACCAGUAUCGCACCGUCCUCCUCUUUCUUCCUGUUCUCAAUUCGGCCGCCUUCCAUUUACUUCUGAUGGCCGCAAUUCUAGCCAACGGCCUUUUUACAGCCAGCAUGAGUUUUAAACACGACGGCCGACCCAGAAGUGAUUUUUACCAACAACAUUAUUACAUUGAGGUUGGAUUCACCGUCUUUUUCAACCUCGAGGCUCUAUUCAAAAUGUGGUGUCUGGGAUUCCGGGACUAUUACGGACGUACCAUCUACAAGUUUGAAUUACUCUUGGUCAUUGGAACGACGCUCCACUUGCUUCCUCAAUUUUAUUUAUCAGUUCUGACUUACUUCCAAGUUUUGCGUGUGGUCAGACUGAUUAAAGCUUCACCUUUACUGGAAGAUUUUGUCUAUAAAAUUUUCGGACCGGGCAAAAAAUUGGGCAGUCUUAUCAUCUUCACUAUGUGCUUGCUAAUCAUCACGUCGAGCAUAUCCAUGCAGCUGUUUUGUUUCUUAGCAGAUUUUACAAAGUUUGAAACUUUCCCAGAGGCUUUCAUGUCCAUGUUUCAAAUCUUGACGCAAGAAGCCUGGGUUGAAGUAAUGGACGAAACGAUGUUGCGGACCAGCGAGACCAUCGUGCCGAUUGUUGCCGUUUACUUCAUCCUCUACCAUCUUUUCGUCACGCUGAUCGUGCUCAGCUUGUUCGUCGCCGUCAUUCUCGACAACUUGGAGUUGGACGAAGACAUCAAAAAGUUGAAACAAAUGAAGGCGCGCGAACAGAGCGCCGAGAUCAAAAAGACUCUACCUCGUCGUUUGAGACUCUUUGAAAAAUUUCCCGACCGACCUCAGAUGACUCGUCUUCAUAAAGUUCCAUCAGAUUUUAAUUUACCCAAGGUUCGAGACAGUUUUGUUCGCCAGUUCAUGUUGGAAACGGGUGAUGAUGAAGAUUUGCCCAUCGACAAAAGCGGCGAUGACAGCAAAGGCAACUCGAAAGUGUUGUACCGCAAGAAACAGCCCUUGCGUCUAUUAAAUAGCGUCAUUUCCACUUAUGUUACGGGCACUAACCAAAAGCAAAACGCCAUAACUGGCAUAAUCAACGAGUCGAACAAUCAGCGAUUGCUACUGGGUGAUUCGGGGCCAAUUCCAAUAAUCGGUACAGGAAAACAAGGCGCUGCCGGCCAGAAAAAUCGACAGGAUCUAAAAAAAGGUGGACACCGAAGUUUCCGUGGGUCAGUCAAAAUCAAACAGACUUACGAGCAUUUGAAGGAAAAUGGCGAUUUGGGUGCCAUGAACCGAACAUCGACUUCUAGACGAACGCCGGAUAUUGACAUCAAAUUACUCCAAGCCAAACGGCAGCAAGCCGAAAUGCGCCGCAACCAACGUGAAGAAGAUUUACGCGAAAAUCAUCCUUAUUUUGAUACUCCGCUGUUCCUGGUGCCGCGGGAGUCCGGCUUCCGACGACUUUGCCAGCGGAUGGUCUACGCGAGAUAUUGCCCACGUCUCAAGGAUCCCAUAACGGGCAAGGAGCGAAAGCUGCACUACAAACGCUUACACAAUUUAGUGGGAUUGGUGACUUACUUGGAUUGGGUCAUGAUUUUCGUGACGACUCUGUCGUGUCUGUCGAUGAUGUUCGAAACGCCACGCUAUCGUCUGUGCGAUCACCGGGAACUUCAAAUUGCCGAAUUCGGAUUUGUCGUUUUCAUGAGCUUGGAGCUCGGAUUGAAAAUCCUGGCCGACGGACUCUUCUUCACCCCGAAAGCGCUGUUUAAAGAUGCGGCCGGAAUUCUCGAUCUCUUCACCUUUGCCGUUGGAUUGGCUAUGCUGUGCUGGAUGCCUAAGGUAGUUCCACAGAAUUCGAGCGCCCAGCUUUUGCUCCUGUUGCGCUGUUUGCGUCCACUCCGCAUCUUCAUCCUCGUUCCGCAUAUGCGAAAAGUCGUCUGCGAACUCUGUCGUGGCUUCAAAGAAAUCCUGCUCGUCUCGAUCCUUCUCAUCGUCUUGAUGUUCGUCUUCGCCAGUUACGGCGUCCAGCUCUACGGUGGCAGGCUAGCCCGUUGCAAUGAUUCAGAGAUCAAAAAUCGUGACCAGUGUGUCGGCGUCUUCCUGCGCAAAGUCUUUGUCACCAAAAUGAAACUGGCACCCGGCGAGAACGAAACUCAUCCGGCCAUUUUGGUUCCUCGCGUUUGGGCUAAUCCACGUCGCUUUAAUUUUGACAGUAUCGGAAAUGCAAUGCUGGCCUUAUUUGAAGUUUUAUCAUUUAAAGGCUGGCUCGACAUUCGAGACGUUCUCAUUAAAACUCUGGGGCCGGUCCACGCUAUUUAUAUCCACAUUUUCGUCUUUCUGGGCUGCAUGAUCGGUCUCACUUUAUUCGUGGGCGUCGUCAUUGCAAAUUAUUCCGAGAAUAAAGGAACUGCGCUCUUGACGGUCGAUCAGCGACGUUGGUGUGACUUGAAGAAACGAUUGAAAAUCGCUCAGCCUUUGCAUCUUCCGCCACGCCCGGAAGGCCACAGAUUCCGUGCGUUUAUUUACGAUAUCACUCAGCAUAUCUACUUUAAAAGAUUCAUCGCUUUGAUGGUCAUACUCAAUAGUAGCCUCCUCUGCGUCUCGUGGCGCGAGGAUCAAGCACACACUUCUUUGUUGGCCACUAUCAGCUCCUGUUUGAGCUUCGUUUUUGUGGCCGAAGUGUCGAUGAAGAUGAUCGCUUUCACUCCUCACGGCUAUUGGCAGUCCCGGCGCAAUCGCUACGAUACUUUGGUCACCGUCAUGGGUCUCGUCUGGGCAAUAACCAACUACACUAUGGGCAACGAUUUAUCCCAUUCGUUCGGUUUCGUCGCCAUCAUCCUGCGCUUCUUCACCAUCACGGGCAAACACGCCACGUUGAAAAUGCUGAUGCUCACCGUGGUCGUCUCCGUCUACAAGAGCUUUUUCAUUAUUAUGGGCAUGUUCUUGCUCAUCUUCGUUUAUGCCCUGACCGGCUGUCUGCUCUUCGGUACGGUCAAAUACGGCGAAAGUGUUGGAAGGCAAGCCAACUUUGGCAGCACGCCUAGGGGCAUCAUCAUGCUGUUCCGUAUUGUGACGGGAGAGGAUUGGUACAAAAUCAUGCACGACUGCAUGGUGUUGCCGCCGUUUUGCACACCGGGCGCCAAUUAUUGGGAAACGGAUUGCGGCAAUUUCACGGCUGCCAUGAUCUUUUUCUGCUCCUUUUACGUUAUCAUCACGUACAUCGUUCUCAACCUUCUUGUCGCGAUUAUUAUGGAGAACUUUUCCCUCUUCUAUUCCAACGAAGAGGACGCCCUUCUCUCCUACGCCGACAUCCGCAAUUUCCAAAAUACGUGGAACAUUGUGGACGUCAACCAGCGCGGUGUUAUUCCCGUACGGAAAGUCAAAUUUGUCCUGCGUCUACUCAAAGGCCGUCUCGAAGUCGAUCCUCAAAAGGAUCGGCUCCUUUUCAAGCACAUGUGCUUCGAGUUAGAACGACUACACAACGGAGAAGAUGUCACCUUCCACGACGUUCUGAACAUGCUGUCGUAUCGUUCGGUGGACAUCCGCAAGUCGCUGCAACUGGAAGAGCUUUUGGCCCGUGAAGAGCUUGAGUACAUCAUCGAAGAAGAAGUGGCCAAGCAAACCAUUCGCCAGUGGCUGGAUUCGUGCUUGAAACGAAUGAAGACUGUGAAUAUUCACGACACCGUUUGUUCUCCCCCUAUUUUUUUGUUGUUUUUUUGGUGUCUUUCCCUUCCCCUGACGUUACGCAAUUUAGUGAUUCAUUUGUUCAUCUUACAGAAGGAGCACAAUAGCUUAUUGGCCGGUUUGCGGGCUACCAACGACCAACUUCAAGAGGCCCAGGAAGAAAAAAACCGGGAAUUCAACGCUGGAGGUGCCGAAAGAGAUAUUUCUGAAGUGAAGGAGGCGGAAGGAAGUGGCAAACAUCGUCGGAAGGGUAUGCUGGUCACACGCUCUGACAGCAUCAACAGCGUCAGCGGUCGACGCUUGUUUUACGCUCCUUGCCACGGCGCCGAUGGAAUCUCCCAGCAACGAUCCACCUACGACAAGGAAAGGCUGGGCGUUUCAUCCAAUCCGAAGAAGAGGCCAUCACGUCAAAGUACCGGAAAAGGGAUUCCUUCUUCCAGUUUUUCGCACUCGGCGGGCGAGUGUAGUCCUGGUGCCAGUCCAACUUGUCCAACAACAGGUGGCCAGCACGGCCUUGUCUUCCCGUACUCGAGCAUUGGUGGCGGUGCUUCUUCCAACUGGUCAAGCCGCGGCUCUGGCCAUCCGCUUCCGCCGUUGGCACCACCCAGUGCUUUGGCCGUUCGCGUGGCAUCGGCCGUUACUGAGGUUCAGGACUGGUGGCGGGAUCAACUCGCCUCUCCCGACGGUUCCGAUGAAGAUUAAUUAAUACGUCAACCCACACACAAAAACCAAAUAUCUUCCUUUUGCGAAAAGCACAAUUCUAGUGAACAAUUUAAUUCGACAAAUAAUGAAGCAUAACAAACCACAUAGUUAUAUAUAGUCGGACAUCUGUGCCAAGUCAAAGUUUAUUGUUUAGAUCUAAAAAUGUUGUCUCAAAUUACUUGGUACGACGUAAACGUGCCAGUUACCACCCCACAAUCUCUUUUAGCAACCAAACAUUCUCGUUUAAAGUUUCCUAUUUGAGUUUCCAAUGAAAAAAGGAUCGAUUUAAAAAUAUCCUGAUUCAUACAUGACGAAGAUACGUACAAGUUAUUCGCACAUUCGAUUUCUAGUAUAUCGCUGUUACGAGGAAACACGGGUGGAGCAUCUUGCGGCCCUUGGAUGGAGUACACAGUGUUCCUCUGGAUUCUAAUUAAUACAACUAUUUAAAACA